CUGCUGACAAAGGGAUGAUUACUCUACCAGGCACUCUGUAGACAACCUUAUCUCUUUCAUAUCCAUGUGAAUUGUUAUUCAUUCCUUUCAUGUACCGGGAUGAUUUUAUCUCUUGACCAUCUUCCUGAAGAGAUACUGCAUUGCAUUCUAUGCCACUGUGAUCCUUGUUGUUCAGCUGCUUUGGAGCAAACAGCUCGCCGAUUCAAAAAUGCAACAAACCAGCCUCUACUAUGGCGCUUUUAUUGCAAGACUCUGUUCAAAUUUUGGGACAAGAGACAUGAUAUGCCAAAGAAGCUUGCAGGCCCAGUACUAUCAGUAAACUGGAAAUCCCUUUACGUUUCAAGGCAUCUUAUCGACCGCUCAACCACCUAUCUCCUGAACUGUAUUCUCGCGAGUCAAACAGGACGCAUCGAAAAAUAUCAAGCAAUCAUUGAUUCCGGAUAUGAUGCUAAGGACACCCUCCUUCGACAUGCUUCGGUGGAACCUUACAUAGAGGACCACUUGGCGAGAAGAUAUUACUCAACGUCACUCCUUAAUUGUUUACAUCGAAGUAUCGCAGUACAGCAAUGGGCUGGGCUCGGGAAUGGCGAGGCUGUGCCUCUUGGACGAGCACUAGGUGCCUUUGAUCUAUUUAUUCCAGAAAGUGGAUAUGGAAAUUUAGAUGAGAUGAGCGUAAAGUUAGACGGGAUAGCUGCAAGUGUGAUUGCAAACUACCCUGGUAUUGAUCACUUAACAUUACGUGACAGAGCCCUGACAAUCGCGUCAUAUCUCAAAACAAAAAACUUGACCGGCAUUGGGCUAGGGCGAGAAUACCAUUUGCUAGAGCACAACUUCUUAGGAUAUGCACUAAAAAAUCCGGAACAUAAUUCACUUCCACUGAUAUCGGCAGCUAUAUACUGCGAAGUUGCACAGAGGCUUGGUCUAAAUGCCGGUCCUUGUGGUUUUCCUUUUCAUGUCCAUGUCAUAGUCAGUCCCCCUGCAGGCUUUGACAUGGAUGGCAACAUGCUUAACUCCAUGGCCCGAGGUGAGCCGAUGUACAUCGAUCCAUUCCGGUCGGAGGGAGAAACUUCCGUGCAUUCCUUGCAAAGCCAGUUGGACUUCUUAGGGGCAUCAACACCUGAGAAAUCUUCAUUCCUCGGUGAAUCUUUGACAUCAGAGAUUGUUCUGCGAUGCGCCAAAAACAUUUUGAAUUCGGUCCAGCAUAUGUCUCAAUUCCCAACCACUGAUUCCGUGCUUAUGGAUAUCACCAGCGCGAAAUAUGCCGCAUUUUGGUCAUCCGUGCUUAUCUCAGGCCCGUCUCGACCUGCGGAGCUUCGGCAUAUCUUGCCUUGUCUGAUGGAAGUUUUUGCGACUAAUUUUCCUUCAGACAUGUAUUUAAUGGAGCGGUAUCUGGGACCCUUGUUUCGUGGGAUGCCCGAAUAUGAACACAUCCUGGAAAGUCUUCAUGUCAUGCGAUCUGUGGAUGAAAUUCCAAAGCAGGUGCAUCGGCGAACUGGGGAACACAUUGUAAGAUAUCGAAUAGGCCAGGUUUUUGAACAUCGUCGAUAUCACUACAUAGGCAUAAUCAUUGGUUGGGAUACCGAAUGUGGUGCCGGUGAGCAGUGGAUGAGGCGGAUGGGGGUUGAUCAUUUGCAGGCGGGGAGACACCAGAGUUUCUACCAUGUUCUUGUUGAGGACAAGAGUGUUCGAUAUGUAGCGGAGGAGAAUGUUGAACUUGUUAAACCUCACAUUGACGAGUUGCCGCAGGCGCUUGUCAAGGUAGCCGGGAAACACUUCAAACGAUGGGAUAAGGAGACCCAGGCAUUCAUUAGCAAUAUCAGUGAUGAGUAUCCUGAGGAUUAAGCAGGUGAUUAUCUCUACUUGUAUAUAUGAAAAUUUCAAUCAAGUAAUUACGGAGAUG